AUGGAACAUAGAAGCUCCCUUAGGCAAAGUUAGAUCUCAUAAUUUUUCUAAAGAGAUGAUGAGAAUACUAUUGAAGACAUUGAAGAAUCUAAAGCAAUCGAUUCUUAAGAAUCAGAAGAAGACUUUGAGAGUCCUGAAUACAUCACUACAAAUCUAUUGUUUGAGAGGAAUUUGACUCUUGCUGAUAUUGAAGUUGAUACAAUCAACUAUAAAGACAUGGAUUACUUAUUCUUUGAUAUUGUUGAAGAACUUGACAAUUAUGAUUUCGAAGGCUUCAUCAUUGAUCCAAGAUUAGUAGUUAAGGAAUAAUAGAAGAUUAAAACAGUAUAGACUUUGCUAACUGAUGAAUAAAUUAUGAACUUAGCUAGGCAAGUUCUGGAGUUAUACACUAAGUAUAGAUAGUCAGAUCUAGAGCCUUAAGGAAGAUUUAGAGAAUCAUAAGUCAAUAAUAGAUAUCCCUAACUCUAAGUAGUAAUUCCAAAGCGAAAAAUAAAGCUAAUUAAGCAACGAGAGGCUGAACUGUAGAACUAAGAAAUUCAACACAGAGAGUGCUUGAAUUUAUAUUUUAAUCAUAAACUCUCGAUGAGAUAAAUCCAACAAAGGUUGAAGAUAACUUACUACAAAGUAAGAAAAUUCAUCAAGUAUCCAUCUUUGAAUUUUAGCUUGCCAAUCAAUAACCUGUCUGAACAUGAGAAAUUCAAGAAGCUUCAUGGAAGGGCAAGGAUGCAUAUUGUGAAUAUGAUAGUUGAUUCGAGAGUGCCUAUUCAGGUAUCUGACAUCCAGCAAAGUUUGCUGAAGGAUAUUUAACUAAGGUGCUCAAGAUCAAUGAUCCAGAGAUUCCUGAAAGAGGAAUUGCAUUUGACAUACAAAUAGAUUAAGUAAAUUACAGUUAAUCACAAUUACUUGAACUGUAAACUGCAAAGAUAAUAUGCAGCUUAACAAUUUAUUGGAGUCCUCUCAAGUGGAAAGAAAAUUAUUAACAUAGAUGAAUCAGUUUUAAAUACAACUGAUGAGAGACACAGAGGCUGGACAGGUUACAAAGUAAGAAACAAAGUUACUUAUGCUUAACGAUUAAGUCAAAUGAAUUUAAUCAUUGGAGUAUCCAGUUCGGGAGAACUGUAUUACACAGUAAACAGAGGAAGAACAAAUCAAACUACAUUUACUUAUUUCCUCUGUAAAUUAAUCAGAGUGCUUGAUUAGCAAGACUAAGAUUGGAGAUCAAACACAGUGAUAUUGAUAGACAAUGCUCCAUAUCACAGAAGUUUUAAAAUCAUGACUUGCUAUGAUGAAUUGAAAUUGCCUCUCAUGUUUCUUGGUCCAUAUUAAUUCAAACUUGCACCUGCAGAGUUAAUGUAUUCAUACAUUAAGAACAGAGACUUAAAUCCUCUGAAUACAAGAGCUUAAUCAAAGUAAGAUUUGGAAUUUAAUUUGUCAUAGAGGAUACUGGGCAUCAUUCAUGAAGGAAGUUGCAAUGAAUAUCAGCAAAAUAAAUCAGACAUUAGUACGUAAAUGCUUUUAUCAUGUGUUAACAUCGGCCCUUGA